CUCUAUAAAUACUCCGCGAUCCUCCGCCAGCUUCCACUCUAGUUACAGUCCAAGUAGAGAGGUAACACUUCCAGCAGCGGACUUCAUUGUGAAGGAGAACUGCCUCAUUUUUUUACCCUAGCAUUUGGGUCUAAUGGACAAACUCUUUGUAAAUGCUUUUUAAGAAUCGUAACUUUUGGAAAAAACACACUGGCUACUCAGCAGGCCCUGGCCUUGAGUCUUAUUUGAAGGGGUUUAAUUUCACUGGUGAGCCACCUUGGCUUCUCUGCACGUGAGAAACAGCAACAUUAAAUUCCAUCUCUUUCGUAUUCAAUUUACUAGUAACUAAUCAAAAGGACUUCUUGUGACCAUGAACACUGCUGCUCCCACUGAGUUUGAAUUCCAAUUCCUGGAGGAGGGUUUCUCUGCCCGGGAUAUUGUUGAGCAAAAGAUCAAUGAGUCAUCUAUGACGGAUGACAGGGAUGCCUUCUACGUCUGUGACUUGGGAGAUGUGCGGAAGAAGCACCUGCGCUGGGUGAGGGCCCUGCCUCGUGUCACUCCCUUCUAUGCUGUCAAAUGCAAUGACAGCCAGGCUGUAGUUACGACACUGGCAUCCCUGGGAACUGGCUUCGAUUGUGCAAGCAAGACGGAGAUUCAGCUGGUUCAGUCUCUGGGAGUGGAUCCAAGCAGAAUAAUCUAUGCCAACCCCUGCAAGCAAGUUUCUCAGAUCAAGUAUGCGUCUGCCCAUGGGGUCCAGAUGAUGACCUUUGAUAGUGAGGUGGAACUCAUGAAAGUGGCCCGCUGCCAUGACAAUGCCAAACUGGUGCUGCGUAUUGCCACAGAUGACUCAAAGGCAGUGUGUCGUUUGAGUGUGAAGUUUGGGGCCCCACUGAAAGCUUGUCGAGGUCUUCUGGAGCGGGCUAAAGAACUGGGGCUGGAUGUGAUCGGCGUCAGCUUCCAUGUUGGCAGUGGCUGCACUGAUGCCAACAGCUACACACAGGCUAUCGCUGAUGCCUGCUGUGUUUUUCACAUGGGGGAUGAGCUUGGCUUCAACAUGAAUCUCUUGGACAUUGGUGGUGGUUUUCCUGGCGUAGAUGAUGCUGAACUCAAAUUUGAAGAGAUCACGGCUGUAGUCAACCCAGCCCUGGACAAGUAUUUCCCUGCUGACUCUGGUGUUAAGAUCAUCGCUGAGCCAGGACGUUUUUACGUAGCUUCUGCUUACACACUGGUUGUCAACAUCAUUGCCAAGAAGGUCAUUAUGGAUGAGGAAUCAGCCUCUGAUGAGGAGGACGAAGGGACCACUGACAGGACUCUGAUGUACUACGUCAAUGAUGGGGUUUACGGUUCUUUCAACUGUAUACUCUAUGACCAUGCUCACUGUUUGCCAACCCUACAUAAGAAACCAAAGCCAGAUGAGACCAUGUACCCCUGCAGUAUCUGGGGCCCAACUUGUGAUGGCCUUGAUCGCAUUGUUGAGCAGUGUAACCUGCCUGACCUGCAGGUCGGUGAUUGGCUGGUCUUCGAAAACAUGGGUGCCUACACUGUGGCUGCCUCGUCCACCUUCAACGGCUUCCAAAGACCUGACAUUCACUAUGUCAUGUCCCGCCCUUCCUGGCAACAGGUGCAGCAGAUUUGUUCCCAGGGCAUGCCAGCUCCUGUGGAGGAGUCUUGCCUGUUUGAAGUAUCAGCCUGCUGUGGCCAAGAGAGCAACUUGGAGAUGUCCACCAAGCCUUGCCAGGCCCGGGUGGUUUAAACACAGCAGUGCUCUCCAGAUCUAGCAUCCUCUGUUAUUAAAUAUCAGAGAGGUUUUCUUAGUUUUUUUUAUGUUUUGUUUUCUUUUCCUCCCUUCCCCUUCUCCCUAAAUGUAGGUGAAAUUUUCAAGGCCAGUUACUUGACAGGAGAAUGAGAGGGACAUGUUGUUGCACAAAAUUUCUGUGUUCUGUAUGGAGGCUGGGGAUCAACCCUCAAUGAAAUGAGGCUGAAUCACACCCUGAGUGUCUCUGGGUUCUAGGCAGAGUGUUACAGGGCAACUCUGUACUUGAAUUUGUUAGUGCAGUCUUCCUGCCAUAAUCUGGGGUGGGGGGGUGGAUGGAUGUGUGAGAGACUGUAAGAACUGGAGUACUGUAGUUCAUGAAGAACCUAUUUGCUUAAUUGGAAUAGUAUAGGGGAAAGAAAUCAGUUGUUUGUAAACUAAAACACAAACUACUUUGCUAAAGACUUCCCAUCACCAUAGGACUCACAACACUUGAAUCUGUAGCAAUAGUCCAAGAGGUGAAGGGUCACUCAUGCUAUUAAUUUAAUGAUAUUUAAAAGAAUAGUAGCAGGUAGCUUACAGCUUAGGCAAUCACCAGUGCUGAUUGCUGACUGCUGACCUAUAAAAUGUAAGAGGGGUUAGUAAAUUAACUGCUGAUCCUUCAAAGCCCUGCUAACAGCUGAAGUCACAUGCCGAGCUCGUAACUCACAAAGAGGCGGUUGGAGGGGUGAUUUAAUUCCUCAACAAUGGCUGCUAUGAUAUUUAUCUUUUCCAUGAUCUCCACUUCUGUACAGAACCCCCGUCAAGUGUUAAUCCUCAAGAUGUUAACAUAUCAAGAAAUGCCAUAUUUAUUCUUUUUUUUUCGUACUGUCAUUUAUAUAAUGGCUACUCAGUGUGUUUGUGUUCUGUAAAUGCUUCUCUGUCUGCUGGUUAUGGCCAGAGCUAGAAUUUUCCAUUCAAAAUUUGAAUAUUUAUACUCCCAGGAAAUUUCACAUGCAUAAAUCAUCCUCUGUAUGUCAAAGCAAGACAUAAUGUGACUGUCAACUUGUCAGAUGGUAAUGCAAAUAUAUAUGUUAAAUAGACCUCUCAGCUAUCUGUCACAUAAACAUCAUUGUCUCGAUCAACAGACACUACAGGUGCCACUGAAAACAGAUCUUCAAGAUUAACACUUAAAACACAGGGACUCAAGAAGCAGACUGCACCCCCUUCUCUUCUCCUCCGUAUUUUAUUUUUAUGUUUUUUGACUUGUAGAAGGCAAGGUAUCUAUUCAUGAUAUUAAUAAGACGCAGCAUUUAACCAUACAUUUGAAAUUGAUACGAAAGAGAUGGGAUUGCUAAUUCAUUAUGCUUUCCUAUGGAAACUUUUUGAAGUUUUGUAUUUUUUUAAUAAAUAAAACAUUAGGUGCAGAGCCGAA